GCGUUUGCGACCCGACUGGGUGUGCGUGGCGGCCGCAUGCAUGGAGCAUUGAAGGUUCCCUUGUGCAUCAAACUUUUAUCUCAGGUCUGAAAGAAAAGCGCAAGGCUGUUGUGCCUUUCCUAAUAAACAUGGUGGUGAAAGGACGUCGUUCCCUGAAGCUCUGAUGCAGGCGUUGUUGUUGAUAUUGUAAUCGGUAGGCAGAGUAGAAGAACAGAAGGUUGAGGAGUCAGCCACCAAUCUGAUAUUACAUACCAGUGGUAGCUGCAGGGAUAGGCCAGGUGCUAUCUUUCUCAGGCACCUCAGUCAGGAGUGCACAGAAGUGAGAGGUGGCAGCGCACGUGUCCCCAGCUGGACUGUAGAGGGGAUGUGCCUCUGAGGCAGUGCAGGGUUUUUACAUCUGGUAUAAUGUGCUGUGGCAAUCCAGCUCUUGCAGAAUACAGAUACUAGAUUAGCCCUGGCACUUUACCUAUGAGCACGCUUGUUGAAUAUUGUAAAUCAGCUCACAUUGGUCCCCGCCAUACCAUGCGGAUUGGUUUAUAACCAUUUAGCUUGAGAAGCUGCUUGUAUAGGCUCAAACCCUAAGUAGAGUGCCUACUGCUGUGUAGAUAUGGAUGUCCUUCUGCUAACGCACGCCUUCUCCUGUUCAAGCACAGAGCUAGAGGCUGAUCUGCGGAUGACUGAAAAUCAGGAACCGCAACCAACCGCAAGCACGUCAGAAAAAGAAACGCCGUCAGGAUUCAUAGGCAUUGCUGGAAUCAGUGAAAGGAAGCUGGGCAUCUUGAGGCAGGACCUUGAGUUUUACAUUUUACAACCGCUUGAUCCGAUGGAUAGAAGAUGGAUGGAAAAACACGAGGGGACGGCAGGCGAUGACGAACCACACCGGCGCAUUGCAGUUGCGGUGAAGAACUCAGACCUGACUUUACAGAGCAUUGAGCGGCUGCUGAUCGAGCGGGCCACCCUUGAAGCUGAGCUGGCCGCCUGCAAGCAGCAGCUGCAGGAGAGACGGAGUGGGGAGGAGCCAAACGGGCGAAGGAGCGUGGGAGAGACAACAGCGCAACACUGGAAGAGGCGGGCAGAGGAUCUGCAGCUGGAAGUGCACGCGCUGAGAUCGCACGCUGCGGCGGCGGAGUCUUUGCGGGUCAGGAGUGAAGCGGCCGUUGAGAAAUUGGCCCGCGACUAUGCACAGGAUUUCCGCCGGAACCCCGGUGGGGAGGACGAUGCGGCAGCCCGGAAAGAGCAGCUACCGCCGCUCGAGAGGCGGCCGUCAGGCUCGUUUUCCUCGGAGCGUCGCAACUCUAUGCUUGGAGUUGACGGGCUGCGUACGGACGAGGUCCUCAACAAGCUAGAGGCGGUCAUUGACCAGCUGGCGUCCAGCAACAUGCUGCUGGACAAGGUGACGUCACAUCCGCAGGCCUUAACCCGGCCCAUGAAGGCGGGAUGACGUUACCUGCUGCCCAGAUCAAGCGCGCGCAAGCAUAUGCCGUUUACACAUCGUAUGUUGCAUGGAGUCACCUAGAAAUUGCCAUGCUGGCAGAGGAAUGGGGAUAGAUUCUGGUUGGAGUUUGCGAGGUCACGAGCCACGUGAUGUACUUUAUGUAACUUGUAUUCUCCUUGACGCCCGUGCGCAUAAGCGCUCGUGCUUAUUACGUUAGGUCAUGUUGGGGGAGGCUCGAAGUCGAUGCCUAUGAGCUGGAAUAGAGAGCUGGUCGCAUUUCAACAAGCUCACAGGACGUACGUCAAAACCGUUUAUUUCUAAAGGAGACUCCAAACGCUGCAUGAUAGUUUAAAGUCACCCUAAUACGAU